AUGGACUCCAGCGACGAUGACAGCGUAGACGAAGAUGACGAGGAAGAUGACGAGCAGCCUCGGAAGCGCGUCAAGGCUGAGAAGGAGGUUGAAGAACAGGCUGCACGACCUCAGUGGUCAAAUCCUGAUCCGUACUCUGUCUUGCCCCCGACUGAUGUGGUGACGACUGCGAAGAAGGACAUCGUUCAAACGAUUCGCAAGCGAAAGGCCGAGGCUGCUGCGACCGCUGCUACCGUCAAUUCCAUCGCUAAGAACGAUGACUACAUCUCUUUCAAUUUUGAUGAUGACUCAAGCAAAGAAGCAUCCGAGGAAGGUGAGAUUGACUCCUCGGAAGGCGAUGAUGAUGAUUUCAUCGGAGCCCCGCCGACACUAUCAGCUGCGGAACUCCCUCCUCCUCCUCCUCCGCCUCCUCCGCCUCCGCAGCCCGAGGAUGAUGCCUACAUUCCGCCUCCGCCGCCUGACGAUCCCACUCCACCGUCUCCUAGAGAUUUCGUUAUGCCAAAUGAUGAUGAACUCAUGGAAACGUAUGCCGGAGGCGCAGGGGGUAAGCGUAAACGUGGUCUCGAGCAGACAGUAUCUUCAUUAGCUGGCCGUAUCGUGGAUGAGUGGAUAUCGGACGGCUCCAACAUGACUCCAUGGGUGCCCCGCGAUGUGGACUACUCUUCGAGUGUUGGACUCAGAUUGCACAAGGAGAUAAUCGACUUCUUUCACUACGUUGCUCCGCGACAGUACGAGCGAAAUUGUCGCCUGGCCUUGAUCGAUCGGAUCGAACGCGUUGUGCGUGCUUCUCAUGGCGGUGGCGAAGUGAACGUUCGCUCGUUCGGGUCCUUCGCGUCAGACCUUUAUCUACCAACUGCAGACAUGGACCUGGUUGCCGUCUCGCGGACCUACAUGGGUGGCGGUCAAGCCGUUUUCUGCAGAACCAAUACCAAAAUGCACAAGCUUGCCCAAAUGAUCAAGACUUGGGGCAUCGUUGACCAAGAUAGUAAAGUCGUUGUCAUCACAAAGGCUAGGGUCCCGAUCCUCAAAUUUGUCGACGCUACCACCGGCAUCAAAGUCGAUGUCUCUUUUGAGAAUGAUUCUGGUCUCCGUGCAAUCCCCACAUUCCAAGAGUGGAAGCAGCGCUAUCCUCAAAUGCCCGUUUUGGUCGUCAUCAUCAAGCAGUUUUUGACCAUGCGCGGGCUCAACGAAGUCUUUCUGGGAGGUAUUGGUGGUUUCACCAUCAUCUGCUUGGUGACAAGCAUGCUGCAGCAUAUGCCAGAAACGCAGCUGAGUGGCGACGAUUUCAGCUACGGUGAGCUGUUGCAGAACUUUUUUGAUUUGUAUGGUAACCGCUUCAAUGUUCGUGAUACUGGUAUCAUGAUGAAGCCCGCCAAACUGUUCAGAAAGGGCGUGGACCAUGUGCAAUGCAAGAUCAACCCAGCUACGCUGACGAUCGUGGAUCCCAAUCGUCCCGAAAACGACAUCUCCGGAGGCUCUCGCGAGAUCAAGAAGGUCUUUAAAUGUUUCAGUGGGGCCCACGCUGCGAUUCAGAAGCGGCUCAACGACAUACGCACCGGGAAGAACAAGUCAGAGAGCAUUCUGGGAUGUAUCCUCGGCGGCUGCUACACGUCCUUUGAGGCUCAACGGGCUUUGCUGCACGACCUAGAUCGCCGUAUGCACCCACAGUCAACCGCCUCACAAAACCAUGACCAACUUCCUCUGCCACCACAAUGCCCAGUGCCGCCGCAAUACCAAUCCGGCUAUUACAACUAUCCGCAGUACCCAGAGCUACCACAGGUCCCAGCUCCGCAAGGGCUUCCAAGCAAACCUGAGCCUCCACGGACCGCUCUACCCAGCAGUCUUCCGAGUCGUCCGUCACCUGGACUGAGAUUGGGCGAUCGACCAAGAUCGCCGCCACAAGCUGGGUAUGCAUUUCCCCAGUACGGCCCGACUGCCGCCGGGGAUCGGUCGGCACAUCUCCCGUACUACGAGUCAGCCUUUCCGCCUGUUGUCGACCGCUCCUACUACCGGCGGUAG